AUGGGGUCUGUCUCCCGUCGGGGCUUGCUGCUGCUGCAGCUGCUGCUGCCGCUGCUGGUGCUGCUGCUGCUGCCGCUUGCUGCUGCUGAGGGCCUCAUGCAGCAGCAUGCACGAGUGCUGCUGCUUCCCACAAGACGCACAGCAGCGCAGCUGCGCUGCUCCGCACGGCUGCUGCUGCAGCAGCAGCUGCAGCCCGCGUUUGCAACAGCAGCAGCAGCAGCAGCAGCAGCAGCAAAAGUCCAGAAGAGGCAGCAACGGGCAGCUUCCACCCGCACGCCCAAGGUAAGAAUAGCAGCCUUUUCUGAAGCAGCUCCAACAGCAGCACGAACAGCAGCAGCUACUGCAGCAGCAGCAGCAGCAGCAGCAGCUGCUGCUGCUGCUGCUGCUGCUGCUGCUGCUAAGCCCCCCUGCACCUGCGGCGACAGCAAAUGUCCCUUCACUGUGGGGCUGCGCCUCUGCAGCCCAGCGAAGGUAAACCUCUUCCUUAAAGUCUUUCCCCGCAGCAGCAGCAGCAGCAGAAGCAGCAGCAGCAGCAGCAGCAGCAGCAGCAGCAGCAAGAGUGACGGGUACCAUGAGCUGCUGUCGGCCUUUCAGACCAUCAGUCUCUACGACGAGCUGUCUGUACACUUGAAGCCGCCGGGCUUCUCACUGGACGCUGCAGCCUGCGGCAGCAGCAGCAGCAGCAGCAGCAGCAGCAGCAGCAGCAGCAGCAGCAGGUUUCCAUUUGUCUCCGUCAGCAGCCAAGGGGACGUUCUGUUCUGCAGCAAAGACCUGAAUUGCCCUCCAGAGAAAAACCUGGUCUUCAAGGCCCUGAACUUCUUCAGGCAGCACUGCCUGCAGCAGCAGCAGCAGCAGCAGCAGCAGCAGCAGCAGCAGCAGCAGCAGCAAGUGAAGUUUGUGGUGCACCUAAAAAAGGAAAUACCCAUGGAGGCCGGCCUGGGCGGGGGCUCUUCCAAUGCUGCUGCUGUGCUGCAUGCAGCAGAUGUUCUGCUUACCAAGGGGUUCUUCUCGCAGCAGCAGCAGCAACAGCAGCAACAGCAGCAGCAGCAGCAGCAGCAACAGCAGCAGCAGCAGCAGCAACAGCAGCAGCAGCAGCAACAACAACAUAUACGACUGGGAGCCACCUAUAGCAAUGGCGAAGCAACGGCGCCCCCAGCGGCAGCUGCAGCGGAAGCAGCAACAGCAAAAGCAGCAUCUGCAAGCGGAAAAGCCCCAGCAGCAGCAGCAGCAGCAGCAGCAGCAGCAGCAGCAGCAGCAGCAGGGCUUCCAUUUAGUGCUGCUGAGAUGGCCUCUCUGGUGUCUCUACAGCUCGGCUCAGAUGUCCCCUUUUUCCUCAGCAGCAGCGGCGGCGCCGUUUGCUGCAGCCGCGGCGAAAAGGUUUGCUGCUGCUCCUCCCGCCUGCUGCUGCUGCUGCAGCACGCUCUGCAGCAGCAGCAGCAGCAACAGCAGCAGCAGCAGCAGCAGCUGGAGGUGUUCGUUGUCAAGGGCAGUGAGGGGCUGUCCUCGCGGGAAGUCUUCAAGCAGUUUGACGCUGCUGCCCACAGCAGCAGCAGCAGCAGCAGCAGCAACAGCAGCAGCAGCAGCAACAGCAACAGCAGCAGCGACUGGGGCGGAGACAUCGAGUUGGUCUCUCAGUGGCUUAUGGGUAAGGACGGCGCUGCAGCAGCAGCAGCAGCACCAACUGCAGCAGAAGCAGCAGCAGCGGCACCAGCAGCAGCAGCAGCAGCAGCAGCAGCAGCAGCAGAGGCGCCGCCGCGAGCAGUGGUAAAUGCCUUCCGUCGCUGUUUGCUCAGCAACGAUUUGUUUGCUGCUGCUGCUGCACUGCAGCCACAAGUGGCAGCAGCAGCAGCAGCCCUCAGCGCCAUCACCGCGCCCCGCACAGCAGCAGCAGCAGCAGCAGCAGCAGAGGCACUGCAGCAGCAGCAGCAGCAGCAGCAAGUGCUGCAAGCCAGCGGCCUCACAGGAAGCGGCGCUGCACUGGUAGCAAUUGGCAAACCAGCAGCCCCAGCAGCAGCGGCAGCACCUGCACCAGCAGCAGCAGCAGCAGCAGCAGCAGCACCAGCAGCAGCAGCAGCAGCAGCAGCAACACCAGCAGCAGCAGCAGCAACACCAGCAGCAGCAGCAGCAGUAAGCUCCAUUUGUGCUGCACUGGGGCUUUGUGCAUACAAAUGCUCUCCGGUGUAUAAGCAGCAGCUGACGUCUCGUGUGUACGUACACCCCGCUGCUGCUGCUGCUGACCCUGCUGCUGCUGCUGCUGCUGCUGCUGCUGCAGCAGAGCAGCAGCAGCUCAAUCACUUCUGGUUCGCCCCAGAAAGGCCUGCAGAGAGGCUACACUAA